GCUGUGGGUAAGGCUGGAUAAUCCAGCCGCCUUUGGAGGCGGGCACUCUAAAAACGCUGGGAGAAACACAGCCGUGAUUCCACACUGGGCGGGCAGGCAGCAUCCCGAGGCAAUAUCCUGGAGCACAACGGAGCACAGCACCCAUCCCUAGGGAUCGGCCGCGGCAGAGCCCUCCCAGGCAAGAGGAUGACGCUGUGGAAUGGCUCCUACCCCUUCUACCCCGGUGCCAAUGCCCGUUUCCCCUUUGACACCACCCGGGCUGUCAUCAUCACCAUCUUCCUCUCCAUCUUGGCCACUUUCAUCAUCAUCCUGCCAGGAAUCAGAGGCAGGGGGCGACACUUCUGGUUCCUGCGGCUGGUGACGGGACUCUUCGUGGGAGCAGUGGUCCUCACCAUACAGUUCACCAGGGACUGGGAGACUGGCUGGGUGCAGGCAAACACCUCCUACAAGUCCUUCAGCCGUGCCGUGGUGAAUGUGGACAUUGGGCUGCACAUCGGCCUGGAGGGGGUGAAUAUCACACUCAAGGGAAACCCAGUGAAGCAGAUCAAUGAGACCAUCAACUACAACGAGUACUUUCCCUGGAGCUUCAGUUCAAACUAUGACCGCAGCUACAGCGAGGGGCUGGAGAAGGGGCUGCCCAGCCCCAUCCUCUACGUGGCAGAGAAGUUCUCCUCGCAGAGCCCCUGCGCCGUGCACAGGCAGUACCGCAUCUCCGGCCACUACGCCUCGGCCACGCUCUGGUUGGCUUUCUGCACGUGGCUCAUUUCCAUCUUGCUAUUCUCCAUGUCCAUCCUGCUCCACGGUGGUUACAUGCUUUUGCUCACUGCUGCACUGAUCCUCUUCUCACUGCUCUUCUUCUUCACUGCGAGGAACACCCCCAAGUGCCCAAUCCAGUUUGGCCCAGUUUCCUUGAAAACAGACUAUGGUGAAUCCUUCUGGCUGACAUUAGUGACAGGGCUGCUGUGCCUGCUGCUGGGUUUGGGCGUCAUCAUCCUGAACUCCAUGGAGCCGGAGAAGCUGAAGCUCAUCUUUAACCUGGACAAGAAAAAGGGAGCAGAGGAGGUGUGGGACAAGCCCUGCCUGCUGGCCGAGCCCAGCUGCUCCAUGCAGGACGUGUGGAUGGUCCCACUGGCCGAGCUCUCCGAGGUGACAGCCACCCAGCUGUGAACCACGGGGGAGGCAGGGCAAGGCCUGAGGACACUGCUCCUGAAUUCACCAAAUCCAGCAGGAGCCCAGGUGGGAAGAGACACAACAAGUGCCGUGUGAUGAGAAUGUCCAAAUCUGGAAAGAUGUCUCAAAUA